AUGAAGCGCAUUGAAACUGUUUUUAUGAUGAAUGUGUCAUUGUAUUUCACAAACAAAGAAAUUGUAUUGAACUUUAUUUGUGUUAACAAAAAGUGCUUUCUUUCAAUAAGUUCUUUACAUGUCAAUCUUUCGUUUGCAAAUGAAAAGUCUCUUGUGUGGUUUCUCGAACAUUUCAAGGUAAAUACAGUUGAUCUUAAUUUUCUUACAACACCAGAAACAUUUCUUUCAGAAGCAAAACAAAUACGAAACUUUAUGUUAAAAUCAAGAAAAGCCCCCAAAGAUAUAUUAAAAAUUGUGGAAAAAUUUAAAAUAGGAACAGAAGUUGAUCGUAGUUUUGUCGAACUUCUUUGUGAGAGUAUAGAACGACUCAGUUCCCUUUAUUGUAAAAUUGAAUUUAUCAAAAUCUUUAUUGAAACUUUUAUUGAGCAAAAUGUAGACAUCGCAUACUUUCCAAAAUUUAUUUACAUUUCAAACGUACUAGAUACAGCCGACGAAGACUUUGUAUAUCUUGAAAACAUCUCAGUCAAAUUUGGGUGCAAAUUUAUAAUGUGUGUAGAUAGACAACCACCAUUUCCAACAUGUAAACACAAAAACGUUUAUUGUUUUGCAGAAACACUCAUACUUGAUAAAAUUGGUGUGUUCAGUCCUUUGAGAUGUGACACCACCAUUAUUGUUAAUGAGAACACAACAAACGAUAAAUUGGACACAAUUGAAAAUCUGGCAAACGAAUACUUAGUCACAAAACUUACGAUGAAAACAGUGGACGGAAGUCGGAAAAUAGUAAACAAGCUUCCUCAAUUGCGAACAGUUGAAGUAUUGAUUCUUGACAAUUUGAAUGUUUCAGUCUUAAAUUGUAACAAAUUUAUUACAUUACCAUUUACAAGUGUUACGGACCUCACUUUGAUAGAAAUCAAGAAAUUCACACUUCCACUUUUCGAUAAUUUAAAAAAACUGACAGUAAAAAAGUGCAUAGCAAACAUCUUUUUAAUACCAGAAAAAUGUUUUGGGGGUAUUGAUGUUGUGUAUUCCAAACACAACACUUUUAUAUUUUACAACACAACAGGAAAACAAAUCCACUUAAAUGGAAUUUCUCAAAAUGUAAUUCAAGUUGUUAAUAAAACGCAAACUUUGCCUUCUUUUGUUAUUAAAAAUUGUAAAAAAUUGAACAUUUUGUGUGAAAAAAUGUGGUACUUAGAGUUGGAUACUAAUAAUGGCAUUAUUUCUCAAUGUUUGACAUCAAUAGGUGAAUUUGUAAUAAACAAUUCAAAUUUUGUGUUUUACAAUAAAGUUGAAAUUGAAAACGUUAUGUUUACCAAUAACAGCAAAAUGCUAAAUUCAUUGUUUGAUAUCAAAAAAAGUUUGGUGUUUGUUGAUGUUGACAAUUUCACGUUUGAAAGUGAUGUGAUAUCAUGUAAUAACAUUGGGAUGUUUAAUUGCAAAAACAUUGAAUUGAAGAUUAAAGAAAAUACUAUCAAAGCUGUUUUUGUUAAAUGUUGUGAAAACAUCACAAUAGAUAACACGUUAAAUACAAUCGAAAAUUUAUACAAUGUUAACAACAGUAACAUGAAAGUGCCUGACUGUCUGUUAAAGUUGGGUGAUGCAACUCAGAAAGAAAAUGAAAAUUUUGACCUUUUAAAAGAGCCAAACGAGUUUUACAAAAUUCAAUUCUUCGACGCUUUGAUGCUCAAAAACGAAUAUAACAAAAUCUUUGAUUUUUCCUAUGGUUUCAUAGAGACAUUGAAAUUGUCGAAUCUCAAAAAUUGCUCUUUCCUUUCACUCAAAUUGUGUUGUGUUCAUCUUGUUAUAGAAAAUUGCUUAAUGGAUAAAAAAUUCAAAAUUGUUUCUGCAAAUACAAUUUCAAUUAUUAACAGUCAAAAUGUACAAAUAGGACUUUAUGAGAAUGUUGUUGAUGAAGUUAAUUGUGUCAACUCGGCCGUUUCACUUCGGAUUUGUUUCGAUGAACUUGAAUAUGUCAAGUGUUUAACUGAAUAUGUCAAAGUGUUGAAAUUGACAAAUUCCACAUGUUUUUGUCGAAAUUUCCAAGUUGGGAAAGUGUUUUUAGACUUGACAAAUUACAAAGAAAAUGAUGAAAAGUGCUUUUGUUACAACACAAAGAAAUUCCAAAUCGAAAAUUUUCACGACAAGAAAAUUGAAAUCAAUCGAAAUGGUGACGUUGACGAAAUCAAAUUUGUUUCGUGUGAUAAUUGUGAAUUGAAUUUUAAACUAAUUUCAAAUAUUUCAAUUACAACAGAAAAUUGCAAAAAUAUGAAAUUUUACAUUCCAAAAUUUUCAAAACACGAAUUCAAAGAAACUCCAACAAACGAAUUAGUUGAACUCGAAGUACCUACUUUUCAAAAACAAAAAUUGUGUUAUAACAACGAACAGUACAAAGAAGUGGAUAACUUCGCAUUUGCAUUAAGUCACACCAACCAAUUUAACAAUUUCAACAAAAACCCACAUCUGUACGAAGACUUAAAAACAAUGUUUUAUAUGUAUUUAGCACAAAUUUUUAUCUAA